AUGGACGAAUUUGAGUCAGUAAAUCGGCUGGAAUUACCACCACCACCGCGCUCGUUCUGGGACUUUAUUGACAUUCUAGCACCCGUACUGAAAUAUUAUGUGGCUUUACUAGCACUAUUCUUAGGCGCGCGCUGGUUCAAUCGACAGGUAGACAACGAAGCGUUGGCACAGGAGCAGGAGAAGCAACAGGAGCGACCUAAACUAACACCGGAAUUAACCGUUGUGAGCUCAGAAGAGGAAGAUGAGGAAGAAAUGGAGGAACUUGUUACUAGUGGUGAUCGUCUCAUACCACUAGAUGACAAGAAUAAAAGGAAGAAAAAACCAAACGUAACUAAGGAAUUGUUUGAUGGUCUUCGCAAGGUGGAGCAAGAGUUGCGCGAUAAUAAAAACAAGGAGCACGAUAAUAACGUGAGCUGGAACGAAUUGCAUCAAAGUAUGCUUAAACGCUAUAAAGACAAAUAUCCGAAUCACGGUCUGCGCGUGGCGAACCCCGAGACAGAUCGCUACGAUGAGGAAUUCAAUGAGUUGUUGCGGAAGAACAACAUCAAUCCAAAUGACCUAAAGAGUCAGAGCGGUCAAAAGACUGAAUGA